GUGAUCUGCCCUUGACGGGGAAUGUGGUGAUUUGUAUAUUGGAGAUAGCAGAGACUUACUGUACGCUCUAAGUCUCGUGUCACCUUAUUUAACGCAUGCAAAUCGACAGUGACCUAAAUGAAAACGGAAAUGUACACACCAGCGAUAUCUUUUCGCGGGGUGCAUGCGAAGCGUCUCCUAGCGCUUGUUAUAUGCGGAAUAGUCCUUAUCUGGAUCGUCGGCAGGUCACGCAACGCAUCCGAAGUGGAGAAGUAUUCACAGGCCAAUUUACUAGCAAACCGCGAAGACAAAUACGUGUUCAACAUGGACAGCAAUCAGCGAGGCUUGACUGAUGGCACUAGUGUGAGUUUUAGGAAAGGACAUUUUGUUCUUGGUGGAAAGACUUUAAAGAUAUUAAGCGGAGCGAUGCACUACUUCCGAGUUGUCCCCGACUACUGGAGAGAUCGAAUGCUGAAGAUGAAAUCUUGUGGCCUAAAUACUCUAGAAACAUACGUGCCAUGGAAUCUGCAUGAACCGACUCCUGGAUUAUUUGACUUUGAAGGCAUUCUCGAUGUCAGGAAGUACAUCCAGCUGGCCCAUGAGGUGGGGCUCCAUGUCAUCUUCCGGCCGGGACCCUUUAUAUGUUCCGAGUGGGACUUCGGGGGACUGCCCAGCUGGCUCCUGGCAGAUCCCAACAUGAGGGUGCGCUCCAACUAUCCCCCCUACCAGAAGGCAUCUGAGAGGUUCUUCAGUAAACUGCUGCCUCUCGUCACCGACCUGCAGUAUUCCCAGGGCGGCCCCAUCAUCGCCGUGCAGGUGGAGAAUGAGUUCGGCUCCUACAGUGACGAGGUGCAGCAUCUCGACUUCCUCAGAGCACUGUUGAUAAAGAAUGGCAUCACCGAGCUCCUCGUCACCUCCGACAAUCUUUCCGGGAUGCGCAGGGCGCCAUUCCACAAACAUGCUCUACCCACGGCAAACUUCCAGGACUAUGAGAAGAGCAGUAAGGAGUUCAACGCCAUCCGGGAGCUGAACCCAGACUUUCCCCUGAUGGUGAUGGAGUACUGGAGUGGAUGGUUCGACCACUGGGGCUCGCCACACUCCACUUUCCCCCUGGAAGCUUUUGCCAAGAGUCUGUCUGGAAUUCUUCACAAUGAUUCUUCCGUCAACUUCUACAUGUUUCAUGGUGGCACCAACUUCGGUUUUAUGGCAGGCGCCAACUAUUUUGAUGACUACAAGCCGGAUGUUACCAGCUACGACUAUGAUGCUCCUCUAGACGAAGCUGGGAAUAUAACUCCCAAGUAUGAAAAAGCAAGGGAGAUAAUCAUGGAAUAUGUCUUGAAAAAACAAGGUAUCACCAGUCUCCCGGAGCCUCCGCCAAACAGCGCCAAGGCAGAUUAUGGCCACCUGGCAAUAGACAGUUAUCUCCCCUGGCAUACGAUGAUGAGUCUAAUGGAGUCAUCGCUGGAAGUGAAGCGACCAGAUCACAUGGAGAGCAUCAAGCUGAUCAGUGGGGUGGGACAGAGCUAUGGCUACAUUGUCUACAGGAAAACCCUCCACCAGCCAGGCACACUGCUCAAACUGCCUGGCCACGUCACGGACAGGGCACAGAUUCUGCUGAACUCCAAGGAGACGGCCAUAUUGGACUGGCACACAAAAGACCCUGAGGUCCACCUGGAGGAUGUCAAGGCGGACACAGUGCUGGACGUUGUUGUGGAGAACCUGGGUCGUGUUAACUACAUCCUAGCUGGGUCGGAGAUACUCAACUCACAGCGCAAAGGACUGAGUGGUGAUGUCUACCUGGAUGAGAAGAAGUUGGAGGACUGGAAGAUCUUCCCCCUCGACUUUGACAAGUCUUACGUCAACAGGCUCUCCAGGACGAGUGAGUGGAAGCCGUUCGAGGUCCAGGUCAACACUCCCUGCAUGUACCGGACCGAGCUGAAAAUAGCCGAGGAACCUAGGGACACCUACCUCUUGGUGAAGGGUUGGAAGAAGGGUGUGGUGUUCAUCAAUGGCUUCAACCUCGGGCGGUACUGGAACAUCGGACCCCAGAAGACUCUGUAUGUGCCGGCGCCAAUCCUUAAGACUGGUACAAACGAGGUCCUGAUCUUCGAGCUUCACAAGCCAGCGCCAGAGAUCACCUUCCAGAGUUCACCGGACCUCGGCUGAGGAGACCGCAACAUCGUCAACAGUUGUCCUAUAGUCACAAUGAAGCUGUAUAUGCAAGGUUCCACCAUCUACCCGGGUCACUGCUUGACCCACCCACAACUGGACUGACCAUUAGUGGUUAUAUUUUCUUAUCUGAAAGGGUUGUGAUUGACCCCCAUGAUUGGGUUUUCAGUAUUAGUCAAACAAAGGUUUGAUGUUCCCAUGUCUGUAUUAUUGUCUACAUAGGCCGAGGAGUGGGGCUAGCUUGUUUUGACAGUGUGUCUGUCUGUGAGUGUGUGUGUGUGUGUGUGUGUCUGUCUGUCUGUGAGUGUGUGUGUGUCUGUCUGUCUGU